CGUAUGUGCGUAAACAGCUCCCCCUGGUGUUCAUCCUGAAGCGGUGCCUCCGCUGCGGUCUGACCAGCUAACAAGAAAAAGGCAGGGAGGAUAAACAGCAACGUGACAGCCACACAUCCGGCUUUGUUCUUACAGUAGAAUAACAUCCACUAAGAGGGAGUUGACAGUUUGGGACCGUGAAGGACAGCUGAGCGUCACUGCUAACCCCAUCAGCUAAGUGAGGCCAAUGUUGGUGUGAAAAGCAUUUUUAGGCAGUAGAGUGAAGGGUCGGGAACAUGGCUUCACCCUUUGUGCCUGUCCCGUUUCCCAUGGACAAAGGCAGCAGAAACAAGCCCAGACGUCCACAGCGAGCUUCAUCUCUGGGAAGCGUCUCGGGUAGCUUAGAGUCCUCGUCCCCGAUCACUGCUGGGGGAGAACAUGAAAGAUUAAAGCAUCAGUCCAGAAACAAGGACAAGGCCAACCGCAGCCGGACGCCGCCACCCCUCCAGAGCCCCGUGACACGGGCCAGGAUGAAUGGGAUGCUGGAUCCCAGUGUGGAGUACUUGAGCUGCCCUCGCUCCGUAUCGGAUCCAUCAGGCAGCCAGCAAAUAGAGGAGAGGCCCAUCACUCCGACUGUACUGGGGUACGAGGUCAUGGAGGAGAGAGCCAAGUUCACAGUUUAUAAGAUCCUGGUCAGGAAAACGCCCGACCAGAGCUGGGUUGUUUUCAGAAGGUACACCGACUUCUCCAGACUCAACGACAAGCUAAAAGAAAUCUUCCCAGGCUUUCGGCUCUCUCUGCCUCCUAAGAGGUGGUUCAAAGACAACUACGACAGCGACUUCCUAGAAGACAGACAGCUGGGACUUCAGGCGUUUUUGCAGAACUUGGUUGCACACAAGGACAUCGCUAACUGCGUGCCCGUGAGGGAGUUCCUUUGCCUUGACGACCCGCCCGGACCCUUUGAUAGUCUCGAAGAGAGCAGGGCUUUCUGUGAGACUCUAGAGGAGAGCAACUAUCGUCUCCAAAAGGAGCUGCUGGAGAAGCAGAAGGAGAUUGUUUCCUUGAAGAGAAAGCUGGAGGAGAGAGAGAGGGCCUUCCUGUUGCUGGAGAAGCACAUGAACGGUGAGUGUGUAACUCCAGAGUCUCCAUGUGGUCUGUCUGCUCAGGGCAGUGAGAGCAGUGCAGAGGUUGAUGUGGAGUUGUCUGCUGCAGAGGCGGAUCAAGACAUGUCUGGUGAUGCGGGCUGUGCUGCUCCGGUCUGGCAGAGAGCCUCAUUAACCUGAAGUGGCAGCUGUGAGGUCCAGCCGGUGCAGACCUCCGCUUGUUGGUGCAGGCCUUCACUCAGCGUCUCUCCUCCGGCCAUCCAGGUCACUCAGCUGUACCACAAGGACCGGUCUGGACCCUAACGAUGAACCCCGUUCUCCUUCCUCCAUGUCGUUGUCAUGCUUACUUUUACUUUUUCACUCGGCUUGUUCGUCUACCACAUAUCCUGUCCCCACAGUGGCAUCGGGACCUUUUAUCACUAUUAAACAGGAAGUAGCUGAGCACUGGAAAGGCUGUUUCACCUCACAAGGACUCAUGAGGAGUUUUAUCCGUCAAACACAGAAUACUAAACCGUUGAGAACCUCAGACUGAGCUGAUCUUUCUGCUCAUCUUCUUCUGCUGGAGUUGCCAUGACAGACUUCUUCACCAAAAGACAAAAGCAGACAAACUUGAACAUUGCUGGUUUGGUGACUUUCUAAAUUGACAAUCUUGAGGAAAUGACCCAUUAGAUGAGACAUUUGUUGCCUUGACCACCAGAGAUGGCGCCCCCUUGUGGCUUUGAGAACCACCUGACUCAGGAUGAACACUAGUAACCAGAGGAGUAUCUGAUGGGCUGUAUGCAGAAACUCUGGGUCAUGACUUUGCACUGCCGUGAGACUGUUAGAGGUUUAGACAAACCCUUUCUUGGGGACCUCGUUCUGUCAGUCACUUUUCAUCUAAAAGCAGACGUUCUCUUCUGUUUUCAGUGCCAAGUGUGAUUUGUGGGGGAGGGAAAACAGCAUCAUGCAGGUCAAAGCUAACAGAUGCAACAGUCUGCACCCAAAUCCCUACUUCACAGACACUUUAAAUCUGAUGAACCUUCAGAAAUCUCUGAUGUCAAAGGGAUUUCAGCCCUUUUGAAGUUGCGUUAAAAGAUCUAAGGGAUUACCUUUUUACCUGUUUUAGGUCGCUUCUCGAAAGGCUUCAGUUCAAAGAGACUAGGUUGUCCAGCAGAACCGGUGAGCUGACAAUAGGUCAGGUUCAGCUCCUGUCUCGUAAACUUCAAACAUCAACAGGGGCAGCAAACUGGAGCCCACCCCCCCCACCACCACCAAGGGCUCACGUGCUGCAGAAGAAAACGUGAAAAUAACGUAGUUUUAACAAGCAGCUGUGAAAUUUAGCCAAUAGCAAUAAAGCACUUGCUCGGAUUAGCUGUUAGCUCGUCAGCUCUGUUGGAAACAAUUUCCUCCUACUGAGGCUGCUCAGGAAGCUAUCCACAGUGUGUGUUUUAGCAGAAAACAUUUGAAAAUGUCCUUGUAGAAAUAAAGGUGCAGAUAAGAGUCACCCCUGUAGUAUGGGGUGACGUUAAAAGCCCAUUUCUAGUAAAAUACACUACACACGUGAUGAGGUACAGAGCGCUCAUCACACACUGAUUCUUGAAUUCACUUAGAUGAGGGGUAAACCCAGGGGAGCAGCUAAUUCCUGGAAGAAGUCGGACUGUUCCAUGUUUGUAUCAGUUUACCCACUAAAGCCAUACUUUCUACCUAAAUAACACAAGUCUCACUGUGUGUGUGUGUGUGUGUGUGUGUGUGUGUGUGUGUGUGUGUGUGUGUGUGUGUAAUGCACUUUAGGAGUGAAUGCUUGGGGUUUUGCUUUUACAUCUCAGACAGAAGAAGAAAAUGCCUUUUGGACCACUGGACCUGUUUCCACUAACAGGACAUGACCGGAGUCGGGUUAAUGUGUGGUAAAUCUGUAAUGAAGUGCCUUAAUGAUUUGACACGAAACAUCCUGUAACUCACUUUAAUAUAUAUGAUGUUGCUUUGAAUAGAAAACUAUAAUCACACAGUUGGAGACUUAGAUCAUUUAACAGCCAUAGUUGCACUAUAAAAACAUAUAUGAAAAGUGUUUGGUGUCGAGCAUAAUGCCUCAUAUUUAAAGGGAUAACUUACAGAAAAGACUUUUACACAUGCUAAAGCAACAGAAGACAUAUUUAAGUCACUUGUUGAACUGUGGGGUUUUAUUUUUAAAAGGCGGCAUUAGAUUUUCUCCCUUGGGUCUGAUAAAUCACAAGGUAGAGGUGUGGUAAAGACUAAAUGUGGAGAAUCUGUAUGCUAGUUUAUUUGUCGUUCUAGCCUAAAAUGCUGCUUUGUGUUUGAGCAGUUCAGCUGUAAAUACCUGGAACUUUACCUUCAUCUCUAAAGGAUCAUCAGGAUUAGAUGUACCACUAAAGACUUGAUUGUUUUUGGUGCUGCUCAUCGGGUCUCAGUUUCACUCGUUUGUUGAUAAAAAUGUGUCUUGGGCCAAAGAAAAUGAGGAUACUUGUUUUGUGUUUAUUUGUAUAAUGUCACCACUGCACUCCUUUGUGUGGUUUUGGCUUUUAGUUUCUUCUUUUGCUUUUUCGUUUGAUAACUUUGAACUUUUGCUGUUUGUCUUGAUUUCUUGAUUAAACAAGAAUGAAGGUUA